UAUUCUCCGAUCGCCGGCCUCCUUUCUCCGAUCAAUUCAAGGUAUUUCUGAAGGAGCAGAAUGAGUCAGGUAUUCGAAGGAUAUGAAAGACAGUACUGCCAACUUUCAGCUAAUUUAACCAAGAAAUGCAGCUCAGCAACUCUCCUUGAUGGAGAACAAAAGAAACAGAAAGUGUCUGAAGUAAAAGUUGGCCUUGAUGAUGCUGAAGCAUUGAUCCGCAAAAUGGACGUAGAAGCUAGGAGUUUACCUCCAAAUGUUAAAGCCACACUUCUUGCCAAGUUAAGAGAAUAUAAGAGUGAUCUGAACAACUUAAAAACUGAAGUGAAAAGAAUCACAUCAGCAAAUGCAAACCAAGCUGCAAGGGACGAGUUGUUGGAAUCGGGAAUGGCAGAUGCUAAUAUGGUGUCGGCUGAUCAAAGGCAAAGGUUGAUGAUGUCAACAGAGAGAUUGGAUCGUUCGAGUGACAGGAUCAGACAAAGUCGAAAGACAAUGCUAGAAACCGAGGAUCUGGGGGUCUCAAUUCUUCAAGAUUUGCAUCAACAACGUCAAUCUCUCCUGCAUGCACAUGACAAUCUUCAUGGAGUGGAUGAUAAUAUUAGCAGGAGCAAGAAGAUACUGACUACAAUGUCAAGAAGGAUGAGCCGGAAUAAAUGGAUCAUCGGCUCUGUCAUUGCUGUCUUGGUCCUGGCUAUCCUAUUAGUUCUUUACUUCAAGCUCGCCCAUUAGCUCAAUGGACGGCUUUCAGAAUUUCUGCCGCUUCUCAUUUGUUACAGAAAAACAUGUAUCUUUGGACACACUGUUUCUGAAUUCACAUGAUUGUUGUUAUGUCAGUUUGAGGUCUGUGUGGUGUGGUUUGCAAACCUUGUUUACAUCUUAUCCUGGCAUUUUUCGUAAUUAUAAAUUGCUGUGUUUGUCUA